AUGUCCGACACCAAGGCUGAGCUGGAUCAAGCUCCAAAGCUAGACACAGAGCAGCCUCGAGAUGCGCAAGCAGAUGUCACUUCCCAGCCAGCAUCGUCUCCGCCGCAGCCCUCCUCUCCCGCAUCCACCUCUAAAGCGGUGACAGCAAAGACACCUUCUCAGCCUACCGAGGACACAUCUUCUCGUCGCAAAAGAGAGCGCGAAGGCAGUCUUGAGCCGACGCAGCUCACCCCAUCCAGAGCGGCUGAAGCGAUUCCAGCCAAGAAGAAUCGCGUUGAGGAUUCGUUGCAGGAGGAAGACGACGACGAGGCUGGCACCACUGCGGUCGAGACCGAGAAGGUCGGCCAGAUCCGCAAGAAGGUGGACGAGCUGAGCACCAAGGAACUCGAGCUCAAGUCGGCUAGGUCAGCGACCGACCCCCACGCUGCCGCAUCGGAUGCGCAAACACAGGACGCUACAUCCGAUGCUGUGCUCGAAGCUACGCCCGCAUCCCAGUCUGAGCCGACAGAACCUCAGCCCAAAACUGCUGAGGCCCCAGCAGGAAAGCCAGCCCAAGAUCCACCCGCCCGCACACAACCAACUUUUUCCUCCUUCAGCUCCAAAUCAUCCCCAUACAGCUCUGUUCCAUCCUCCUCGGGCUCGUCCUCUGCUGCCGCGAGCAAGAGCGGCUUCUCGGCCUUUGCAGCCAAGAGCUCAGGCAUCAAGCCAAGCAGUCUCGGAUCCACCAUUGGCGGCCAUCACGACGAGAACGGCUCUGUAUCUCCAUUUGCCGGCGCAACCAAAUCGGCCGCCGCACCUUCUAAGCCAAUCGUGAAAGGUUCCGCAUUUGGCUUCGGUGCCUUUGCUGGAGCUAGUCCGCUAGCCAAACCGAAAGCUGAUUCUCCCGCUGCGCCAGAGAAGGAAACAGACGAGCCGCAGUCAGCCAACGAAAAAGCCACUUUCGAGCAAAAGCUGCUUAGCCACGAUAAGGACGCAGCUGCGUCCGAGACAAAGGCAAAGCCGUUGAUCGAGGUGGUCGAAGCCGAAACCAAAACCGGCGAGGAAGACGAGGAAAGUAUCCACAGCAUUCGCGCGAAGCUCUACACGAUGGCCGAAGAUCAAUCCUGGAAAGAGCGAGGAACCGGUACUCUUCGCGUCAACAUCCCCAAAAAGUCGUCCGACAAGCGCCUAGCUCGUCUGGUCAUGAGAGCAGACGGCAUCUUGAGAGUCAUCCUCAACGUUCCUCUCUUUCAAGGCAUGAAGUGCGAGCUUCACGAGAAGUUCGUGCGAAUCGUCGCCUUGGAAGACACCAAGCCUGUUCAUUACGCUAUCAAGCUCAGCAACCCGAACAACGCAGCAGCACUCAUGGACGUCCUUGACGACUUUGUGAUCUCCGAGGACAGCUCUGCUCAAGCAUGA